UUGUGCCGCUCAGGACCCAACGCGAUGGCUGAUGGAGACCCCCAGCAGGCGGACGGCGGGGAGGGCAGCCUACCCGGCCUUCUCCCCGGGCUGCAAGGUGCUGAAGCCAGCGUUUUGCAGCUCCGGAUCAAGAACUCCAUCUGCAAAUCUGUUCAGUCCAAAGUGGAAAACAUUCUGCAAGAUGUUGAGAAGUUCUCAGAUAUUGAAAAGCUUUACCUCUACCUCAAGCUGCCCUCGGGUCCCUGCAGCUCUGCUGACAAAAGUGACCACAGCUCCCUGUCAUCCAGCCGUACGCAGCAGAUGCAUGCGUUCAGCUGGAUCCGGGACCAUUUAGAGGAGUACCCUGAGACCUCUCUUCCCAAGCAGGAGGUCUACGAUGAAUACAAAAGCUUCUGUGACAAUCUCAACUACCAUCCACUGAGUGCUGCAGACUUUGGAAAGAUGAUGAAGAAUGUCUUCCCAAACAUGAAAGCCCGCCGACUUGGCAUGAGAGGAAAAUCAAAAUAUUGCUAUAGUGGACUGAGGAAAAAACCCUGCGUUCAUAUGCCUUCUUUGCCAAUGCUGGACUUAAGUAAAACAGCAGAGGGACACCAGAGUGAUGUGCCGGAGUUGCCGGGCCAGCUAAGCAGCAUCAAGGAUGAGGUGCGGUUUGCAGCCUGUGAUCUUGUCUGCGAGUGGGCCCAGAAGGUCCUGAAACGAGAGUUUGAUGCCGUGGAAGACCUGGCUCGCUUCCUUGUAGACAGUCACAACAUCAGCAACAAGUCUUUGGCAGCUCUCACAGUCUUGACCAGCGCAGCAACAGAGGUUAAACCUUUGCAGUCGGUCUCAGCCUUCGCCCCCAUGCCUCAGGCUCACCCCUUCCAGCCUCAUAUGACAAUGCUAUCAUCACCAUCUGUGGAUGCAAAGCAGCAGCUGCAGAAAAAGAUCCAGAGGAAGCAGCAGGAGCAGAAGCUGCACUCUCCUCUACCUGCAAACAGACAGACCAGGAGAGCAGACGAGGGUGUGGCCUGCAGUAGCCCAACACCUCAGUCACCACAGCCAGCCAUAGGCAGUGUGGUUGCCUCUGUCCCAAGCCCCAUCACAGUACAGAGGAGCAGUCAGCUAAUGUCCCCAAGCCCUGUGGCAACAAUGGAGAGCAAAGUGCUGCCAAUUAAUUUCCAAAUGGUUCCCCAGCCAGUUCAAGCAAUAACACAGAGCCCCAAGCCGCUGCUCACAAGUCCAGCGGGGGAGCGUACAGCUCGGCAGCGGUACGCCCAAAUCCUGCCCAAGCCUGCAGUCACCACCUCAAUCUCUCUGCACUCGCCUUCCACCAUGAUCAUCACCAACAGCCCUGUUAGGACUGUGAUGACUUCGUGUCAUGUCAGCCCUGUCAGUCUAGUCAAUAUGACAGCCUCGUCACUGGCAGCUAACGGCAACGAAACAACUAGCACCAUGGCAAACGCUUCUAUGCAGCUGACAGCGCAGGCCAGCAGAUCUGCAGCUGGAGAAUCAGGAUUCAACCAGAGCCACAUUCUGGCUCCUGUCGACAAGGCAGGCCAGUUCAGCGCCACCCAAAACAUUGAUGUUGAGAUGGAAGUUGAAGCUAUUCAUAAGAACACUCAAAUGCAAAUUCCAAGCAGCCAAGUUUUUACUGAAGCAUUGACAGGAAAUAGACCAGGAGGUGCUUUACAGAGGGCGGCAAGUGUUCCCAUACCUCAGACCAAAUCCUUUCUGAGCCUAGAGGAAGCGCCUAAAUACAACGAGAGGGCCUCUGCAAGCCAUAACACUGCAAAUGGCAAUAAUGGUGCAAAUAGUUCAAGCACCUUCCUGUUAAAUACUUCCAAUCAGAGUACCAACUCGAUUUCUUUAUUAAGCACCAGCAGAUUUUCUUCUUUUGGGGAAAACAGCCAAGCCAAGGAAGAUUUCACGUCUACAAAGAAUUUCAGGAAACGCUCUUGCCUCAGUGCGGAACUUUCCCCAGUAAAAAGGGCUUUUGUGACCGACCAGCCAGCAGAGGGUGCUAUUAGUCUGGGAUUUGAUAUAAGAAACCAAGUUGGGAAUGUCUUUGAUGUUGGUGCUCCAGCUAGACCUGAGAGCGCACCAGCCUGCAGAGAGGUUGAGAUGAUAAUUAACUCUGUCUUGUCUACUCAAGAUCAUACACAAUGUACUUCCUCUUUCACAGCCUGCCACUUUGACUCUGUUGCCAAAACAGACGGCUCAUUACAGAGGAAAAACACCUCCGCUGUUUUGGAAACUGGCACCUCAGUCCAUCAUGCAGUUUUGCAGGAACAGCAGGGACACAUCAUGGCUCAUGUGCAUGCAGUACCCAGCAAGCCUGCUUUUCAGAAACAUACAGGUGUGAGAUCAAACUCAACCACAGGGAACCUGGAAGGAGCUCAGCAGCACACAUUUGUGCGCUCCAGUCCUGCUGUCCACACCUUACCGUUUCUGAAUCAGACACCAUCCGGUCUGCUCACCUCCCAUGAUCACAUGGACUAUUUUUCCUUUGAUGAUGAUGUGACUCAGGAUAGUAUUGUGGAAGAGCUGGUUCAGAUGGAGGAACACAUGAAACUUAAACGCUUGGAGGACUUUAGAAACAGCGACAUAGUGCACAGCCAGCAUGUUUCAAUGCAAAGCAGUAUGAAAUCCACCAAUCAAACUAUGACGGCUGUCACCUAUGCCGCAAACAACUGCAACCCAAUCCAAACUUCUAGUCCUACAUCUGAAAUUAUGGGAGGACCCCACACCCUGACAGCAGAGAGUCCAUUCUCCCGCAUUGCUUCUACGACUCCGGUGGACAGCGCCUUAGGAAGCAGUCGCUACACUCCAGCUGGAACUCCACACUCCAACUGCAGCAGCACUGUUCCUCCAAGUCCAGUGGAGUGCAGGAACCCGUUUGCGUUCACCCCCAUCAAUUCCACAGGUUUCCAUGACAACAGCAGCAGUGUUUCCAGUAGUCCCGUGAAGCCUAUGCAAAGACCGAUGGCCACCCACCCAGACAAGGCCAGGCUAGAGUGGAUGAAUAGUAGUUACAACAGUGGUGUUGGGGCCACAAACAAGGCAAGCAGUGGAAUGGGAAUCCUCUCCAGCUAUCAGGGUCUGAUAGAUGACCAAUUUCGAAAGCCUCACGCCUUUGCAGCUCCUCACUCACACCACUAUGAUAGUCAUUUCGGCCGCUUGACUCCCAUCUCUCCUGUUCAGCAGCAGGUUGCAAGCAUGACAAAGCAAGAGGGUUUUGCUGUGCCCGCCCCUUUGGAUAAUAAAACCACCAACUCAUCUGCUGCAUCAUUCCGAUGCCGAAGCGUGAGCCCUGCAUUACAUCAGAGGAACAUGACUGGGAAUGCAGUGAACAGUUCUCUUCCUAAUGUUGCUCGAUUAGUCGGAUCACCGUUUCAUUCUCCCGUGACUCCCGAGGUGUUAAGCAUAUUUUCUAAUAGCGAGACAAGUCUUGGGUCCAGUAGCAUGGCUCAGAGAAGCCGUUCUGUGCCUGCCAACAUCAUGAUGGAAAGUGAAGCCCUCCCCACACACGGUCAACUAUGCAGCAACAGAAACAUAGCCAGUGUUCUCCUGAGCAAGCUGGACAGGGACCAAAAUGACUCAACGCGUUGUUUGGGCAUCAAUAAUUUACCUUCCACCUAUUCUGCCCGGAUGAACCUCACCCAGAUCCUGGAAUCCAGCUCCAAUCUCUCCUGCACCGACAACCACCACAGUCUGAGGUCCUCAGAUUCUGCCAGUGCUUGCAGCUCACAGAGGCUGAAUUCCCUCACAGACAAAGCUAUGAAUGAACCAAUUAUGUUAUCAGCAGGGAGCAACCAAGUGCCAUCGUCCUAUCGAGGGCAACCUCAACAGCAUACCCAGGCUGUAAUGUUUGCUACGAGCUCACAACAGCAGGAAGAUGAACUUCAGCGGCAGCAACACUUAGACUUUAGCAGCACGCAGCACCUCUUAGACAGAAGUCUGGAGCAGGGGUCUGAGCUGACCACAGGCACUGCAGACUUUCCCUGUGAAAUCAGAAUGACAUCUGAGCUCUCCAGCAGCAUCAGUGACCUUAACGGACUAGACACAAACUUGCUGUUCAACCCCAACCAGCCGCAAGGCCAAUAUCAAAACACUGCAUCAGAGGAGCCAGGAAAUGACGAACUGUUUCUGCAAAUGAGUGAGUCGCAACAUUCAAGUGGACUUGACUGGCUAGAGAGCAAAGAUCAUCCCACUGUUGGCUUGAUGGGCUGAAAACUGUUUGGUCCUUUUUUUUUUUUUAAAUCUGAGUUUUGUAUUCUUAUUUAUUUUACACUUUAUAAUGCAACAUUGAAAUCUGAAAUGUGUUCAUUAUAAGUGCCAGGUUGAACAGAGAAAAUGCUGCAAUGAGUAAAAUGCUGGUCAUUUCACUUUAAUAUACACACUUCACAUAGUGUUUUUUUAUCAUAAGCAUUUCCAGCACACAAAGGAAAAAGAAACGUGUUGCAAGUUAAUUUUCAGUGUUUAACUGGAUACUUUUUGUGUAUGAAUAAUUGUGGGAAAUAGGAAGCAACUUUUUUUUUAAGUACCGGUAGUUAUUUUCUGGUGCAUAUGAUGUACUAAAAGUGACACUUUUGUGUGCUUUAUGCUUAGAGAAAAAGUGGAAGAUUGAAAUUUCAUAAGAUAUUACUAACAAUACUACAGUAUUAUAAAGUUUUGCUGUCCUACAUUGCAGAUACACAUUCAUACAUUUUUAAUGUGUGCAUUUUAUAUAAGUAGGAUUGCAAAAUAUAUGAGUUGGAGGAAGACUAUUAAAAAAACAAUUAUAAUUACUCCUAAGGAUCUAAAUACUUAAAAAAUAAAUAGUAUAUGUAAAUGCAUAAAAGAUUGUCUAGAAGACUCUUACUGGCUGUAAUCAGUCUGUGAACCUGAAGAUCAACAUCAGCAUAACAUAAAGCAGCUCAUGUAGAGUCUAAUAGUCCAAAAAAAUCCCUUUACUUUUAUUCACAUUCACUGCACUACAGAAAAAAAUAGAACAAACAAUCAUCAUAUUCAGUAAAGAAGAAUUACCCUGUUUCCAGAAAUACCCCCAAAAGCUUUCAUUGUUUAAUGAGGAUGUAUGUAGCACUUUUUUAUGCAGACCAUUGUGAAAGCUAGUGGUAUUUUGCAAUAUGAAAUUGCUUUGUUUACUUUCUGGUUUGAAGAAUAACAAAUGAUAAAGAUAUAAAGUUAAAAAACAAAAUCAUUUUUUUCAGUUUGAUUUUGCACUUAAAAGUCCACAGAGUAGUUUAAAAAGCCAUGUUUCCUUUGCAUUUUGUGUCCAAAAACUGAUUUAAAUCUAAAGAUUUAAAAAAACAGAGGCCUAUGACUCCACACCUCAAAACUGAUGUUUAUUGUAAACAACUGACAAUCUAUUUUGUUUAUUACAAACACACUGUUUUCCCUGUGUAAAGUUUUCACUGUAUAUCCCCUGAAGUUACAUCAUGUGACAAUGUAGCCUUAAACUAAUACCGAGCAGUGUGUGAGUUAUUAAUGUGACACUGGGGCAAAAAAGCUGCUUUGGGUUUAUUUUUCAUGAGCCUUAUAUCCAUGCCAAAGACGCAACUUAUACUCCCAUGCACUAUUCAUGGGUGUUAUGUUAUGCAAACUCUUCUUGUGGUAUGUCACGUGCACACUAAGAAAGAUGUGUCCGAUAACUGUUUUAACACACACACCCCUCACAGAGGUGGAGAAGCUGAUUAAAGAUGCAUAAGUUUUGCCGCAUUUGAUGCAAUAUAAAGACGUUUGUCUCUAAAAAGAAUAUGCCUGUUAGGAAAACAUGAAGAACUUAAAAAAUAUAUAUCUUCCCCAUAUCUGUCUUUAUAAAAAAACACCCAAUUUGUACAAUUAGCAUCAAUACUUAAUAUGCAUAAAGUUCAAAUUUGCACUUGUUUUUAAAAUGCAGUGAUACUGAAUCCCAUGAACUAAACUUCCUAUAUAAAAUCACAAUUUUUAUAAUAAUAAUUAAAGCAGGCUUUAUGUUUUUAACAUUAAAUUCAUUAAAUUAACAGUCACAUAAGUUGGUCUAUUUUCUGUUUUAGUUUUUUGACAUGUUUGUAAGCUUAAAUGCCUAACUUUGUAUCUGUGUUGUUGCUUCUGUUGGUUUUUUAAAGACUUUACCCUUCCUCUUAUAAGUGGGGUAUAGCUGUGAAGUUGCCCUCUCACUGUAAUUAUUUUUGCUGUGGCUUUUAAGAUGCAUUUUAGUUUGGUGUUUUUAUAAGAGGACCUGUUUGGUAAAACAGUUUUUAAAGACUUUUUAAAACUAAUAAAGAUUUAUAACUGCCAGGAA